AUGUCCACCCAAUCCCAACCCCCUAAAAGCACAACCUACACCCAACCCCAAAACCCCAUCUCGCAGACCCCCCUGGAACAACACAAACAACGCGCCCGCCACCACGGCGAUAAUGUACCAACCAUAACCCGUGGUCCGCAAUCCAGGCCCUCAAAUAGUGAUGCCCUCUCCGCGCUCAACCAAACCCGCAAACAGCAACAGCGCGACCUCCACUUUGCGGCCGACGUGGACAGGCAAUACGGCGCAGAGCAGCAGCCUAAUGAGGGGAGUAUCGCGGCAAACGUUGAGGGGAAGAAUGCCCGUGCUCGUGGACAGGCGGGGGCCCAUGCUGGGCCUGUGGGGAGUGCGUUGGGGCCGGGGUAUCCUGCUUCUGCUUCUGCUGCUGCUGCUGCUGCUGCUGGGGAUGGUGGGGAGGUGAGGGAGUUGGGGAGGAAGGAGGAGCAUAAGUGGAUGCUUGGGGAGAGGGUUGGGCGGUCGCCUACGGAGCCGGAUGGGGAUUUUGAUGGUGGUUCUGAGAGGGAGGAGGAAGUUGAUGCUGGGAGGGCUGUUAGGGAGGGGACGGGGAGUGCGGUUGUUAGGUGA